CAUGACUGAGCGACUGAGCACACAUGUACACCUGUCAGGCAUCGUGUCAAUUUGUGGUUCAGCCUAGUCUAGAGGAGAUGUUCAAUAAGCACUACCUGGGUGGAUGGAUGGAUGGACAGAUGAAUGUGGAUAGACGACCUGCAUGUUUAAUGCUAGAGAGCAGUUGCUAUUAUGUUUCAACAAAAUUUCGUGUUUAUAUGAACACCCUUGGGGAAGGAAAUGGCAACCGACUCCAGUACUCUUGUCUGAAGAAUCUCAUGGAUGGAGAAACCUGGUUGACUACAGUCCAUGGAAUCACAAAGAAUCAGACAUGACUGACGUGACUUAGCACACAUGCACACACAAGCAUCCUAGAAAAACUUGCCUUUUGUAGUCUAAAGCAAUGUAUUUUAGUUAAGGCAACCUUCCUGAUUUUACCCUGGAAAUGCUUUCCCUUGAUUGUGAUAAGGCAAUAAAGUAGAGACUUUUUUAAAAGCUUCACCAGGCUUAUCAGUUGUUAUAAGAUCCUUUCAGCUGUGAGGCAUUAAGUGAAACAAAUGAAUAGAACUCUGUAAGCACAGGUCUUACAGCAGGAGGUUUGCACAGCAUAACUGCCCUCCUGCUGAACUUUCUGGCUGGAUAAAUUCUGGCCACAUUCAACUCAUGAACUUCCUGCUCUGGGUCCAGCCCCACUUCCAUCACUGCACACACAACACAGGCUCCUGCUGAAUGACCAAGGAGCUUCUAAUAAGCCCAAACCGGGGCUGACAAUCAUAAUGGCAAUGCUGGUGUGAACUUAGGGACCUUCUGAGGCUAUGGCUGCGCACAGCACCUCGGGGACAAUUACCGUGGUCGCUGGUCUAUACAUAGGAAAAUAAAAGCAAACAGGAAAAGCUGAGCAACAUAGAAAGAGAGAAAUGUGAACAGAAAUGUCUAGAAUACGGUUUCGUUGCUCUUCCUGACUCCCUGGGUUCUGAAGAGCUAAUGCCCAGCAGGAAUUGAGACUGUGUGAUAUGCUUGUCUGUGUUAGCAAGGGUCCUUUGGUACCAAAGCCACAAGGGGCCAAAAGUUAACGCACACUUCAGGCAUUACAUUUAUUCCAUGUGUGCAAGAAUAUCUAUUUUCUGAGUAUUAUUUCAAUUAAAAUGGACAAAUGAAGCUAGGGCACUUAUUUUACUCUUUCAGCUCAAAUAACCAGCUUCUUUGUCAACUUCCCCUGGGGAGGCCUGAUGGGCUGGACCUUCUGUGGCCUCUUGGUCCUCCAUGUGGGUUUCUCCAGCCCCUGCCCAUUUAGUGGGCCUUCCCCGCUGCCUCCUGUGUUGUCCAAUCAACCCCUACCUGCCCCUGAAACUCCUGCUUGCAUGUGAGAGCCCAUCAGCCCUGACCUCUGUUAGCCUCGGAAGAGACGAUGGCUGGUGUUGCACCCACAUCCUGUGAUGAGCACCCAAUGGCCACCUGAUGCAUCCAUGGCCCACAGGCUGAAUGAGAAGCAGAAGCUGGGGCCCUGUGUCUGUCCUGAGAGGCAAGUCUGGAGGUGCAGUCAGGAGGCCCCUGAGGGAACAGCCUCCAGCAGAGAAAGGGAGGCCUUGGACCUCAAGACGAUUACACACAGGUGUUUCCACAAAUGUGAUUCCUACGUCACAAGACAAUGUGGACACCACCUGCCACCUGGCAACCUACUGGAGGCCGCUUACCUGUCAGAGUUCUCAGGUCUCACCAAGAUGUGGUGUGAAUGCCCCCAGUGGUCCCCUCCUGCCUGCAUCCCAUUCAGCCCCUCACCCGCCAUCUCUCUGGGGUCCCUCUCAAGAGUCUCCAGCUUCGGCCUCUCUCUGACCGCCAGUUCCUCCCAGUCUCGUCGUGGGGGUCACAGGAAAGUGGCUCCUACGAUCUCACUCAUGUCCCCAGUUGUCCAACCCCUGAGGCUGGCAGGUGCCCAUGAUGCUCACAUCUUGGCACUGCCCACCUGGCAGCAUCAGUGAACCAGAAACCUCUUGGAGUUUCUGGAAAGCCCUCCACCAGGUGGGACGGGACCCCUGGGAUGCCCCUGGAGGCGGGUCCUGCCAACAGGAUUCACAGCCCAAGCAGCAGCCAGCCCUGGUGGCUGAAGAGCCAGGAUACUUCCUGAGCGGCCACCCCCCGACCCCGACUCAGUCCCUGGACCAGGGUGAGAGGAAGUGUGCCAUCUCUGGCCUCCAGGAACACCUUCACUCCAGGCCCUGCUCCUGGUCUGCUGCGCCCUCGGAGCCCAGCACUGCUCUGAAGAGGAGACCUCGGCUGCUUCGCACCCAGCGCCCCCUUGCCCAAGCAGCCCCCCACACCCUUGACCUCCACGUGAGGCCCAGGAGGCUCCCAGGAGGCCCAGCUUCACCCGCAGGGCCCAAGUGUGGCUCAAGCCUUGGUCCUGGUUGACCUCCACAUCCACAACUGGAGUGCGAGCCUCCUGCCUCAGCAGAUCCUGGACCUGGGAAGAAGGUGCUGCUCCUGAGAAAGCCCUCCCAAACCCAGGAGGAGAGGCCAGGGCUCAGGCCGGUCACCAGAGUACCCACAGCCCCUCCAGAGCACCCGGGGAUACUCAGGCCACAUGACUGCAAUCCUGGCCCCGCACAUGCCCUCCUUCCUGGGGAGUCACUGUGGAUGACAGAAAUGCAGCGAAACCACAGGCUCGAUUUUGUUUCUCGUCCACGCAUUGCUCUUCCAGGAGUCUGGACAGCCCUGAGCUACACUGGCCCUCUGGGUUUAUAGGGAAGCCCUCCCAGGCGCAGCUAUAAUUAGAAAUCAACUGAGGCAGAAACCCAGCCUGGUCCUUGGCGGGGUUCCAGGUCUAUUGAUUUAGGAAAUCCACUCUCCUGACCCCGGGGCUGAUCCUAAGUUCCGGCCUUUGUGUACACCUUCCCUGCCCACCUGGCAGGCGCAGGCCCGCCUCCCCACUCCCCACCUGCCCCAGCUUGCUCCUAGCUAGAAGGAAAACACCCAGGAGUUCACCGCCGGGUGGCUGGCGCUUUCAUCUGGCCCCGUCCACUCGGGGUUUUCAACCGUAAACACAGUUCUGAAUGCAGGACUGUGUGUGCGGGGGAGUGAAGAAGGCAGGAUUUGUGUCAAGAGAUUCCGGAAAACUAGCCCCUCCCCAAAGCCACCUGACGCUACUGGGGUGAGAGACAGGCCAACAGGGUGCCAUCCGGAAAGAUCCUGGGCCCCAGGAUCCUGUCUCCAUGCCCCCUCUUUCCCUGGCAUCCCAGGCCGUGGUGGGGGGAUCCUCCCCAAACCUUGCAGCCUUCCCUGCUGGUCAGAGUUCAGGUGUACACCCCUACUUCCUGGAAGGGAUAGCUCCCCACAGCCUCCCUCAAUCUGGGGUCACUCCUGCAUCCCCCCCAGCAAAAAGUCAUUGUUGAAAAGCCAGUGGCUGUCCCUACAGACCUGCUGUGUGUGUCAGGAACUUUACAGACAAAGCGGGACCCGCUGGGCUGAGGGCCUGGGAUCGUCAGAACAACAAACAAGGACCAACUCCCACAGCCCCACCUGCACCUUGUGGAGCCCAUUAGCAAGGGGAGGCCCCAGGCUGAGAGGCUGGUGGAUUCAAACCCCUCCCGCAGGGACCAACAUCCCACCUGGUGCUUCUCCCAAACGCCUUCCUGAGCAUAGUCCUGCGGGUUUAGACAGAAGGUGACCCCUCGGGACAGGAUGGCCCACAGGGGAAGCUGCAUAGGGAUGGCCUGGCUGCCUGUCCUGCUGGCGUCCCUGGUAUGCCGGGCCGGUGCGGAGGAGGCCAGCUGUGGCGAGAAUGAGUUCUACAACCAGACCACUGGGCUGUGCCGUGAGUGUCCGCAGUGCGCGCCAGGGGAGGAGCCCUACCUGUCCUGCGGCUAUGGCACCAGGGAUGAGGACUACGGCUGUGUUCCCUGUCCUGCGGAGAAGUUCUCCAAGGGCGGCUACCAGAUCUGCCGGCGCCACAAGGACUGCGAGGGCUUCUUCCGUGCCACGGUGCUGACCCCCGGGGACACAGAGCGCGACGCUGAGUGUGGGCCCUGCUUGCCUGGCUACUACAUGCUGGAAAACAGACCGAGGAACAUCUACGGCCUAGUAUGCUACUCCUGCCUGCUGGCACCCCCCAACACCAAGGAAUGUGUGGGAGCCUCCUCGGGAGUUUCUGCCAACUUCCCCCGCACACCUGGCAGCAGCACCCUGUCCCCGCCGCAGCUCACCCACAAAGCAGAGCUCUCAGGCCAAGGACACCUGGCCACCGCCCUGGUCAUUGCCAUGUCCACCAUCUUCACCAUGGCCGUCGCCAUUGUCCUCAUCAUCAUGUUCUACAUCCUGAAGGCCAGGCCGUCUGCCCCAGCCUGCUGCCCCAGCGCCCCCGUGAAGAGCCCAGAAGCCCCCGUGAGCGAGGAAGAGGAGAAGAAAGAGGCCAAAGACAACGUGGUGAUCUUCUCUGAGAAGGACGAAUUCGAGAAGCUGACGGCGGCUCCAGCCAAAUCGGCUAAGAGCGAGAACGACGCCUCAUCAGAGAAGGAGCAGCUGCUGAACCGGAGCCUGGACAGCGACGAGGAGCCAGCCCCAGAUGGGCAGGGCCCCCCGGAGCUGUGCCUGCUGUCGCUGGUCCACCUGGCCAGGGACAAGUCAGCCACUGCCACCCGGGCGGCCGGGAUUCAGAGUCGAAGGAAGAAGAUACUGGACGUGUAUGCCAGUGUGUGUGGUGUUGUGGAAGGCCUCAGCCCCACGGAGCUGCCCUUCGACUGCUUGGAGAAGACCAGCCGGAUGCUCAGUGCCACGUACAACUCGGAGAAGGCGGUGGUGAAGACGUGGCGCCACCUGGCCGAGAGCUUUGGGCUCAAGCGGGACGAGAUUGGUGGCAUGACAGAUGGGCUGCAGCUGUUUGACCGCAUCAGUACGGCCGGCUACAGCAUCCCCGAGCUUCUCACCAAGCUGGUGCAGAUUGAGCGGCUGGACGCCGUAGAGUCCCUGUGUGCGGACAUCCUGGAGUGGGUGGGGGUCCCGCCACCCGCUGCCCAGCCACCCCCUGCAUCCUGAGCAGGGCCGCAGUCCCCAAGGCCAGGCUGUCUCCUCUGCACACCAGGGGCACCUCGCUGGUCCGAGGAACAGGAGGACACAGGCCUGUCUCCCAGUCUAACCAGAUAGAAGAUCCGUGUGGACAUGAGGUUACACUGGCCUCACCAGGCGCAGUGGGUCUGUGCGCAUCUAUCUGGCCUGCCCCACUUGCUCCUCCACGGAUGCGGUCGGCACUGCCCGGUGUGCACCACGGUGCCUGGAGGACACAGUGAAGCCUAUCUGUCCUGUGGGGAGUUCACCGCCCCAGGGGACAUACUUUUCUGGAAGACCACAGACAGCCCAAGGGGGUGUGGGAACGGGGGCACAGCUUGGGGGAGCCGCUUCCCUAGGCGGGGGGCAUGGGGGCGCCCCAUGAGGAACGCAGCUCUGAGGUUGGGAAAAGGCUGCAGAGGCACCACGUCCUCCCGCUCCAGGCUCAUUGAGGGUCUGCACCGCCUGCGGGACCCCGGGCUCACUGUCCCCACGGCCCUUCUGCCUGCAGGAUGCCUGCCUCCCACGGAUGUCCAAUCAAGGGCAGUCUCCUGGCUUCACUCAGUGCUGCACAAGGCCAGCCUCAGGACCCGGGGUCCCUGAACUGCCUCUGCUUUCUUUCUCGAGCGGACUGGACCCUCUAGGGCAGUAGUGCUCAGGGACACAAGUUGUUUGCUUCAAACAGAAAUGAGGGGUUGGCUUUGCUUGGAAAGGGAAACAGCCAUGGAACCCUCAGGCUCCAGAGGGUCUUGGACAGGGAUGUGCCUCGUGGGCCUUCUGAGCCCCUCAGGGAACGUGGGGUCUGUAGCCAUGGGGACCUGGUCUGCUCGUGCCAACAGGGGCCGAUUUCUUCCCCUCCCAGGGCUCAGUUUGCUUCUCUUCUGCAAAUAGGUUAUUCUGUGAUUCUAAGUCAGAGAAAGUAAAGUUGGGCAGACCUGAAGGGGGUCUGGAGACCAUGCCAGGCCUUCCACGGAUGUGAGUGCACUGUGAGCUGUCGGGGAAACGGGAAUGAAAACAGAACUGAGUUCUCACAGUAACUUUAAGUGUCCGGCAGACACUGAGAGAGGGGCUUAACAGCCUUGUUCUGGCAAAUUCUCUGAGGACAUCUGCUGUGGCCAGAACCAAGAACCAGGGGUGAUCAGGCAGGUUGAGGGUGUUUAACUGUGAAUUCUCUGCUCAGCCCCCAGGGACAGACCUGACCCCGUUGUUCCUAAACUGAAACCAGUCUCUGGCUUAUACUUUUGUGAAAUGACAAGUCCCAUGACUGACAAAUGCUUCUGGGGAGGAAACCAGGUAUAUGCGGAGGGCAGAACGCAACCUCCCGGCCCUGAACGCAGAACAUUUGGCCAUUUAACACCAUUGUUGUCUGUGGUGUCGGCCUGCUGUGCCCCGCAGGGCACACUCACACACAGCCUGGUUACCCUCAGUCCCGUGGCCCCUUGGCACAAUCCCGGCUCUGUGCUGCUGCUGCUGCUGCUGAAGCCACCUUCUCUGAGGCUGUGGACGUCAGAGGAGGCGGAUCGGGCGGCCACAGGGCCGGCGGUGCCAGGCCUGUCUUGGGGGCUCAGCCCGCCAUGUGCAGGGAGUUUGUCCUGACAGUGACUCAGUCCUUCGUCAUCUGCUCACCUGGGGACAAACCCAGGCAGGAAUCACUCUGGAGGGCUUGAGCCUACAUGAUGGGUUCAGAUCACUGAGUCUACAAGGACUCUAACCGAGCAAAGCUGGGCUCCCCCUGCUGUCCUGUAUGGCCACAGCCACUGUUCCUGCUGAAAUAAACAUACUCAGAAAACACCCCUGCCAGAGCUGUGGGCCCUGGCCAGUGGAAUCUUCAUUGUCAAUGUUUGUGUCUAGGUCUGUUUAUAUAACUUAUUAUGUUUUACAAUUUCAAUAAACUAAUAAC